AUGGCCUCCAAAGCCCAGCUCGAACGCGAGGACAAGGAGCGCGAUCUCGCGUUCAAGCAAGCUCUGCAUGGCAAGACCGCUGCUGAGAAGAAGGGUCUCUUCGCUGCAUUUGGCAAGGACCACGACGCGCAGAAGCUCGCCGUCGAUUCCUAUUUCAAGCAUUGGGACAACAAGAACUCCGCGGAGGAGACUGAGGAGACAAGAAAAGAGCGUCGCGAUGAGUACGCGMCCCUUACCCGCCACUACUACAACCUCGCCACCGAUCUAUACGAAUAUGGAUGGGGACAGAGCUUUCACUUCUGCCGCUUCAGCAAGGGUGAGCCUUUCCGCCAGGCAUUGGCUCGCCACGAGCACUACCUCGCGCUCAAGAUGGGCCUGAAAGAGAACCAAAAAGUGCUUGAUGUUGGUUGUGGUGUGGGAGGACCCGCACGAGAGAUUGUCAAGUUCAGCGGAGUCAAUGUCAUUGGAUUCAACAACAACGACUACCAGAUCGAGCGUGCGACACGAUACGGCGAGCAGGAGGGCCUCUCCCACAAGCUCAGCUAUGUCAAGGGCGAUUUCAUGCAGAUGCCUUUCGAGGACAACUCCUUCGACGCGGUGUACGCGAUCGAAGCCACUGUUCACGCUCCUUCCCUUGAGGGAAUUUACAGCGAGAUCUUCCGUGUGCUGAAGCCGGGUGGUGUGUUUGGAGUGUACGAGUGGUUGAUGACCGACGCAUACGACAACGACAACCCCAGACAUCGUGAGAUCCGUCUGGGAAUCGAGGAGGGUGAUGGUAUCUCCAACAUGGAGAAGAUCGAUGUUGCGUUGGCAGCGAUGAAGGCUGCCGGUUUCGAGCUGGAAGUGAACGAGGACUUGGCCGAUCGUCCUGAUGAGCUGCCUUGGUACUUCCCCAUCUCAGGAGAACUCAAGUACAUGCAGAGCAUCUGGGAUUUGCCCACACUGGCGAGAAUGACCAAGAUCGGGCGUGGUACCGUGCACAGGCUGGUAGGCGCUAUGGAGACAAUUGGCUUGGCACCAAAGGGAACUCAGAAGACGGCCGACUCUCUCGCAUUGGCAGCAGACUGCUUAGUCGCUGGCGGAAGGGAGAAGCUCUUCACACCGAUGUACCUGAUGGUCGGCCGCAAGCCAGCAAAGGCGUAA